AUGACCGACCCCCUCUCUGUAGCUGGCUUAGUUGCUGGCUUGCUGUCAUUAGGUCUCCAAGUCAGCGGCGGCAUCACACAAUACAUCGACGCCUUGGAAUGUCGCGAAGCCGAGAUUGCGUCAGCGAAGCGGCAGAAUGACACUCUACAGACCCUACUACAGGUCGUCAACUCCUCCCUGAUACCGCUUCAGCGCGAGCAACCUACUGUAACACUAACUGUUCAACACUGUGUCGACGUCUGUAACGAUGAACUCAAGAAGCUUGGCGAACUAGUCGUCAAGCUUGCUCCUCAACCACCUUCGCCGAGUGGGGUUGAUAGCCAAAGGAGCAAAUGGAAAGCCCAUGGCGACAAGCUUCGCUACCCUUUCAGUCGUCCAAAACUCCAACAACUCGAAGACAGACUGCGUAAUGCUAAUGCAUCUCUCCAAUUAGCGUUACAAACAUUGGAGCUGUGA